CCAUCAUUCAAUGAUCAGCUGAAAAGAUUUUUUUUUUUUCGUUGUUGAACCGAUUAUGGAACGUCUGUGAAUUUGCUGGAUCAUUCCAUUCAUUUCAUUCGAUUUUGGAUUUUCAGAAAAAACGAUCCACCACUUUCAGAUCUCAAAUCAAGAAGAAAAUUUCCAAAAUUCAGUUCCAAAAUGUUUCAUUUUAAAUAUUUGCUCAUUGUUGUUGUUGUUGUUGUUUACUGUUGUCAUCAACAAACAUUAGCUGCUUUUCGUUCAUCCGGUGCCCGAUCAUCAUCAUCAUCCUCACCAAGAGCACGUUCACGUUCCAAUCAACGACAUCGUGAUUCACAAAUUUGUCACCUAAAAGAAGUUGAUUCUUGUUUGGAUAAAAUACAAACAUUGACUAAAGGACCAAAUCCAUCAUCAAUCAUAACAACAACCGAAGGUUUGAAUAAACUUUGUGGAACUGUAGAUGAUAUCCUGAAAUGUGUAAAAAGUUAUUUUAAAAAAUGUGGUACACCAUUACAACGUGAAAUCUAUGAUCUUACUAUUGAACAUUUUACACGAACAUUGAAAAAAUUUUGUAAUGAUAGUCCUGAACGUGAAGUUUUCCUUCAAAGUUCACCUUGUAUACAUGGAAAAGUAUUAUCAACAACAAAAUUUAAAUCCACAUGUAAUUCAGAUUAUUUAGCUGCAUUGGAUUUUGCUGCUAAUCGUACAUUGGUUGAUGAACGUAUUGAUUCUGUUUGUUGUGCACAUAAUACAUGGGAAGAUUGUGCACAAACAAUGAUUAUUGAAAAAUGUGGUAAAGAUUCUAAUGAUCGUUUUCGAUCAUUUAUGGAUAAAACAUUUGGCGGUAUUGGUUCGAUAAUGUGUCCACGUGGAAUAUUUCCGGCAACCGGUAAAGUAUGUAAGCAAGCAGUACCAACAAAAGGUACACGUCCAAAGGGAAAAAUUUCCGAAAAUUUCCUAGGAAAAUAUCUAAAUAGUUAUCUAAGUUUUAUUAUUACAAAUGCCUGAUAAUAAUAAUCUUUCAAAAUAAUUUAUUUAAUUUUUUGUAAUAAUUUAAAUAUUGCAAUAAGUUAUACACAAACAAACAAACAAAGAGAAAAUGUCCUAAAGAAAUGUAUAAUGA